UGGGUCACUGUCAUGAAAAGUUCACUGCGGUGUGGUUCAGACGUUUUCUCAAAUGGAGGCCAACGAUUUUAAAUCUCUGACAUAUUUCUAGAAUUUUUUUAAUAUACCGACAGGAAUAAGUGAACAUACUGCGUUAAGUCUAAUGAUUCCACGUGGACAUAAUUUUAAAUAAAGUAACAAUCGAUUUUCAGCGAUGGACUUAAAUAGUGAACUUCACGAAGCGUGACCACAUCAACAUUGUUUGGAGUUUUUGUUGUUUUGACGUUCCAAGGUCACGGCCGUUGGAGUCGUGGGGUGUUGUUGGCCACCACCAUAUCUGGGGUUGGUCAUGUCUGUGAUUAUGGGGAAAGAGGCGAGUUUGGAUGGAUUAGAGUUUGAUGGCGACACAGUUCUGUGCAGGGUGUGCGGCGAUAAAGCAAGUGGCUUUCAUUAUGGAGUGCACGCGUGCGAGGGUUGCAAGGGUUUUUUCCGGCGGAGCAUCCAGCAGAAGAUCCAGUACCGGCCAUGCCUGAAGAACCAGCAGUGUAACAUCAUGAGGGUGAAUCGCAACCGGUGUCAGUACUGCAGGCUGAAGAAAUGUAUAGCUGUAGGAAUGUCCAGAGAUGCGGUGAGAUUUGGCAGAGUACCAAAGAAAGAGAAGGCGCGCAUCAUUGAACAGAUGCAGAAGUCCAACCUGGCAAUGGUUGUCACGGCGAUGACGUCAGCGCUGAGUCAGCAAGAUCUUGUCCAGUCAGUCAUCCUUGCUCACCACCAGACCUGCGACCUUGGGCCACAGAAGGUCAAGGUCAUGAGGGAUAUAUCUCUGCUGCAGAAUGACUACGUCGACUGCCCGGCUCAGAUGGCCUGUCCCUUGAAUUUCAACGCGGGAUCUGAUAACACGGAUAAUCAGGAUUGGACAGAUUUCUCAGAGUUCUUUGCCCCUGCCAUUAAAUCGGUGGUGGACUUUGCGAAGGCUAUCCCAGGAUUCCUGCUACUGAACCAGGACGACCAAAUUACUCUGCUAAAGGCUGCCACAUUUGAAGUUCUGCUUGUUAGACUGGCCUGUUUGUUUGACACGGAAUCAAACACGAUGAUGUUUGCAAAUGGAAAACUGUUCAGACGACAAACAACUGGGCUGUCUACCAGCGUCGGCUUCCUUCUCGAUUCCAUGUUUGACUUUGCCGAGCGCUUCAACAAGUUCAACCUGACCGACGAGGAGCUGGCUCUCUUCUCUGCUGUAGUUCUACUGUCCCCAGAUCGUCCUGGCCUGCGCCAGCUAGAUCAGGUGGAGAGGAUCCAGAGCAAGUUGACAGAGAGCCUUCAGAACAUGGUGAACACCAACCACCCUGAGGACAACACUCUGUUUGCCAAGCUACUCAUGAAGACUACCGACCUACGGACACUUAAUACUCUGCAUUCAGAGAAGACCGUCGGCCAGGGUGACAAGGGAGAAGAUUUAGACCAGGGGGAGGGGGACGGCAGAUCAGGUGAUUCCACGCCUACAGACUCGAUGUCGUCAGUGACAACAUACAACUCGUGUUCCACACAAGACAUUUCCAUGUACGACAGCAACAACUCUCUAAUCCACCCAUCUGUGAGAUACCCCGACGCAAGCGGCAGUCAGCCUGCGCAGGUUGUUCUGAAGACGCCGUAUGGAACUUUCUAUCGCGAGGACACAGGCUACUACGGCAUGGUAUCAGACCAGCCGCGGCGCAGGUGCCAUACGUUGGACCGAGACUCGCAGAUCUCACGCCCUCGACUUCACACCAUCGAGGAAGGCUCACGUAGACGCUACACCAUGGACCGAGAUUAUAUAUCAAAAGUUGUUGGCAAGUUGAGUGACAGGCUCGAGUCACGUACUCACGUGAAUAGCAUGCCAUGCUCUGUGAAUAACUCAAACGCUUCAUCUCCCUUGCCUAUCCUGGAAGAGCAAUACUCGUUCAUCAACAGAAACUUCAUCCCGAUUUCCACGCCAGAUUCCAGUGCAUGCAGUUCAAGGACGAGUCCGUCACACCCAAUACAUAAAGACAUGCUUCAGCCGUUUGUUUCCUCGCCAAAUUCACCGUCCCGGCCCAGGUCUGAUUCCUUCGGAGCGGAGGAUGCGUCUCAAAUGCGACCGCGCUGUGCCAGUUUCCACGUCAACACGGAUACUGUGAAUGGAGUGCAUUCGCGGCAAUAUGGAACCAUGGAACACGAGUACCUCAGCCCGGAUGGACAGACAUAUCGAAUGCCGGCAGAAAUGCGGCGCGGGAGCGUGGGGGCGUCUUAUAAUCUUCACGCGAAGAAGAAGUCCCUUCUGGUUGACAGGCAUCCAGCCUACCUAUCUCAGCUCCCCGAUGCAGCCUUGUUCAGAAAGAUGGAUAAGCAGAGGUCACCCCUGGCUCAUGAAGACAUGCAGAGGCAGAAACUUCCAAUGAGUAACGGAAGUGCCUUUGACCCUGUGUCCCAUCUGCGUGUGCCCCUGGCUACCCCCUGGGGCCACAACCUGGGGAGUCGACAAGAGGCCAUGGAGCCCCCAAAACUCUCUGUCACCGCCCCGGCUGAGGAUUCCCUACCUAUACAGGGAGACAACUCAGUGUGGGACCGGGCUAGGAUGAACGACAGAGUUACUUGCCCUUAUAGUAACAGAGCGUCCAAGUCGCCGGAGGCACCUCCAAGUGAGGAGAUUUUCCACAAAAAGUUUGACAAGUUCAGAAAAUUGUUGCCCCCGCAGGCCGGCACUGAAGAGACCAAACAGAUGGAGAAUCUGAGUCUGAACGAUGACAGGAUGCAUGGCGAGGUGAUGGUUGUAGAUGGGGAGGACGAAGGAGAGAUGAAGGGGAGCAGUUUUAGAGGUUCCACAGCUGAGCAAAUCCGGAAGUCGGCUGGUGAGUCUCACCCCCAGCUUCUUGCCCAGCUGAAGUCGGCUGGUGAGUCUCACCCCCAGCUUCUUGCCCAGCUGAAAUCUGGUCCUCACUUUAUGCCUGCAGUGAUUCAUUCAGCAUUUCCAACGAUGACGGCUGGUCCGUCCCCGUUCCAGAAUGUUCAGCAGAAUCAUAUGUCGGCUACAUUAAUCAAACACGAAUCAUCUUCUGCCAGUCCCAGUGCAAUGGAAACAGAUAUGGUAAUGAAGUUGAAUGGGAGUGGCAGUUUCACCCCUGGUGGUAGCGUAGUUUUGUCUGUUCCACAGAAGCCCUACCCGGUCCACAGUCCCACAAGCAACGCCCAUAGCAAUCACCAUAGCAACGCUCCGCCCACUGGACAAUCUCUGAUGAGUAGCCACCCUUGCCUGCAAAACAUUCUCCACUCUGACAGUGGCAGCCUACAGAACAGAUCCGGGGAUGUGCACUUUCCCCAAGAGAAACUUCUGCUGACGACCGCAAUUACUGUCAAAGGGGGCGAGAUGCAACGAAAAGUUCCAAACUCUGAAGGGAUGGCUUCGCAUUCACAAUCUUCCGCCGCGAACAAAGCUGGGAAUGAUGAUGGCAAUAGUUUUAGGAACGGGCAUGCUCAAAGUGGAAUGUUUGGGGUCCGUUUAGGGCCUCGACCACCCAUGGAGGGUCACCCACCUUCCCAGGGGUUGGUGAAUCAGUAUCUCCUGUACCAACACAUGUAUCCGCAGAUUGAUCCCCAGCAAAUGCAGUCUGGGAUGGCGGCCUACAACAAACACCUGGCCAGUAUGCAGCAGAUGGUCUAUGGGGGAAAUCCAGCAAUAAUGCGCAGAAGCAGUGGCGGUGACCUUCCACUUAAUCUAUCUCAAGUGUCAGCGGCAAAUCAUAGUCCAGAGGAGGCAACUGAAAUGAUUAUGAAGAUCAAGGAAGAAGUGCAGUCUUAGUAACUUCCCUUUGUUAUAGGAAUUUUUUAAAGAUCGAAAUGUCAGCAAAGACUAAAUCACUUUUGUGGUGUUUGACAUAGAUGGUAAACAAUUAAGAGGCAUACAGUUGUAAUUCUAAUGAGAAACUUUGGAGCUGUUUUGAUUGAAAAGGGAGAAACUGUCAUUUUCAAUGUUCUGCAUGUGUGAAAGUGGAACAAGUUUUGAAAGACAAAAUACUUAUUGUGGUCCAAAACAGCGGGAUACUCAAUGUAGUGUUACAGAUUUGGCAGCUGCAAAAAGUUUAUCACUGAUAAGAAACAGUUAUUUUAAAAUCAUAGUUUAUUUUAGUUUGCAAAUUAUGUCAUUCUGCCAAGUAUUGUUUCUUAAAAUAAAAAAAGUAUACUCGUCACACUUAAUUAAAUGACUUAUCAUCAAACUGAUAAUUAAAUGACUUAUCAUCAAACUGAUAAUUAAAUGACUUAUCAUCAAACUGUUAAUUAAAUGACUUAUCAUCAAACUGAUAAUUAAAUGACUUAUCAUCAAACUGAUAAUUAAAUGACUUAUCAUCAAACUGAUAAUUAAAUGACUUAUCAUCAAACUGAUAAUUAAAUGACUUAUCAUCAAACUGAUAAUUAAAUGACUUAUCAUCAAACUGAUAAUUAAAUGACUUAUCAUCAAAACUGAUUUAUAAUGUGUAUGAUGUAUUUUUUUAAUUAAUUAAGCGUCUCAAAAGAUGUUUUGACAAUCUUUUGUAUAUUCUUUUAUUGUCCCCUACCGGUUUCACGGGAGGGGACUUAUGGUUUGCGCUCUGUGUGUCCGUCAGUCUGUGAAUCUGUCACACUUUUCUGGGUCCUGCGAUAACUUAAAAAGUUCUUCAUAUUUUUUCAUGAAACUUGAAACGUGUAUAGAUGGCAAUACGGACAAUAUGCACGUCAUUUCAUUUGUUCUUACGUCAAAAAUUCUGGUUGCUUUGGCAACAAAUAUAUAUAUAUAUAUAAAAAAUAAAAAAAAUCUGACAAUGGUGGAGCCGGUAGGGGACAUAUAUUGCUUGGCAAUAGUCUUGUUUAAGAAUUAUUUAUGAUUGUUCUAAAUUAUACUUUUGGCAGGCAGUUGAAAGACCAACAAUUUAUAUUUAACACAGUGAGAUUAAAUGUUAUAAAAGUUCUGUACAGAAAUGGUUAUUUAUGUUAGUGAUAUAGAGUGAAAUCAUGGUUAUAUUUAAGGCAGUAAAGUGAUACAAUAACAUGUACAUUAAGUGAUAUGUAGCAUAAUGUAGAUAUAAAUAGCAAUUACCAAACAAACAAAUAUUACAUACGAACAGAAAAGGAAAGAACUGAAAAUAAAUGCAAGCGUAAAUUGGGAAAACGUCUUAAAGGGGCCUUUUCACAGAUUUUGGCAUUUUUUAUCUUAUUCAUUAAAUGCUUUAUAUCGAUAAAUGUAAACAUUGGAUCGUAAAAGCUCCAGUAAAAAAUCAAGAAUAAAAUUAAAAAAAGGAAAAGAACAUUGCCCGGACCAGGUUUCGAAACAGUGACCCCUGGAGUCCUGCCAGAGUCCUGAAGUAAAAACGCUUUAGCCUACUGAGCUAUUCCGCCGAGUACACAUAUUUGACGUAUUUCAUACCUUAUAUAAGCAAUCUUCGUAGUUUCACAAAAUUUAACGACAAAAACAGAACUCUCCAAAUUAAUUCAAUCGUUUCGCGUUGCAACGCUUUAUAAUUUUUAGGUUUUAAAAUCGUCAAAAGAUGCAUAUAAUGGCUAUAUUAGACCAUGGUAAAUGUUCAGUAUUACUGUUUCCUCACAAAUAUCAUAACUAAAACGAAAAUUUGCGAUUAUGAAACAAUUUUUUUCAAUUUUGUCAAUUUACCAAAGCGUGAAAAGAUCCCUUUAAAGAUGAGUAAAAGGUGGAUAGAAAUAGGAUGGAAGUAAUGAAUAAAAAGCAGACAGAUCUCAAAUAAAUGGGAAGAAAAAUCUGUGAACAUUAAUUAAUUAAUGCUCAGUAAAUACAAAACUUUGUGUGAAAGCUGGUCAGAUUUGUAUAUUUUUUGGUUGUUGUUUUUGUUACUGACAUACAGUUAUUUAAUUAAUUAUUUAUGACUUUUGCAGUUUUAGUGCUCGCUUUUUGUAUUGAUACAACUUUUAAUAUAUUUUUAUUAUAUUAAUUAUGUAACACAGAGCAUGUCUCUAUAAAGUCAUUUGAAAAUAAGUGUCAUUUUGGCCGUACUCGCACUAUUUAAAGCUAAAAUAUUUAGCAGAUAUCAUUUUACCAUUGGAGUUUAACUUUCGUUUUUUAUGUCAUAAUGCAUUUUAAAAUUGUGAAUGUCAUUUUAACCUGGAAGGUUAAUGUGAAAUGUUUUGAUUUAAUUGCUUUAAAUGGGAGUUAUUGCAUGUUGUAUUUUCUUAUAAACGUAACAUAAAUGUUGUUUAUAUGCUUAAAAAUUAUUGGUAAAGACUGAAAAUGUGUAUUAUUUAUGUUUAUUAACUUUUUCUUGUACAUGUUUUGAGAGGUAUUUAUUAUUUUGCUGAAUCUUACGUAAUGUUUAAAUGUGUUGACUUUGGUUGAAUUAAUAUAUGAGAGUCAAAAUUGUAAUUUGAAUGCAGCAAAUACAUGGGAAGCAUUAAAGUUGCAUUUGGUUGUCUGUUGCCGUACUGUGUGCACUAUAUUCUCUUCAACUUAUUGGCAUUGCCUUGGUUGUCUGUUGCCGUAGUGUGUGCACUAAAUUCUCUUCAACUUAAUGGCAUUGCUUCAACAGCUCAAUAUCCAUACUUGUAGGAAAUCAUUAAUGCAGAAAUUUUGUCCAUGACAACUAUUUUUGAAAUUCAGCCUUGUGUCAUAUUUUCCACAAUUCUGUUAGUAACAUUAAAACCCAUGGUAAAAAUUUUGUGCAAUUUAAGUGGUGGACAUAUUUUUGUGUUGUUUUUAAUUUGAGGAAUGUCAUUUUGAAUAAAAACUCAUGAAAUAUAUUGAUGUUAUGUCUGAUCUUGCAAAAUGCCAGUGGAAAGCACCAUUAUGAUUGUUGAUUAAUUGCAUAAAAUAAAGCACAAAUUGGUA